GUCAGUUUUUCACUCGAGUCGGGCCAACAACGGCGGAAAGCUCAGCUAAAUCGGGUUGAAUUUCGUGCUCCCUUCUCUGCCUCGGCCGCCGGGAUUUUCCAAGUCGCGGGAUUGGUUUCCUUGGGCUCGGGCUUAAGGACUGUGAAAGGGAGGAAAAAAUCCGGAACCAUCGUACUCCUGGGGGUUGAAGGUCGGAAAUGUUUCAAUUCCAAUGCUAGUGAGGUGUGAUGAAAGUUAGUGAUUGGUAGUGUUGGCUCGAUUUAGUGUUAUUGCUCCACUCGACGAGGAAAACCCUCAAUGAAAAUUCCAAGCCGUAUCGAAAGAAAGGUGUAAUGGAAUUCGGAAAAAUGUAGGUUAAUGAAAAUAGUGCUGCAAUAAUGUAUCUAGCUCUAGUGUGAUGUGAUGCGGAAUUAGCAGCCAGUAUCCUUACGAGAGAUGUUAUCUUCAUUCCCGUGUAGAGAAGAGCCAUCACAAUAACUACAAUUGAAAAGGAUCGAGCUGAAUGGAGUCAAGCACACGUGGUAAAAAGUUUUCAAUGACGUCAGGGAAAUAGACGUCGGUUGUUAUUAUGGUUUGCUGAAACGUGUUCAUUUGUGCCCGUUGUUGCUGAUUCAGGACAAACUAGCUGCUGGAAUCGUUAGCAUUGGAAUCGUACUUGUUUUUGCUCUCGUUUAUACUGGAAAAAAUACCGCGCAGCAAAACAAAGUUUCAUCUUGUGAUUUUGGGAAAAACCCUACAACCGGUGUGGCUGACGUUUUGUUUUAUCCAUUGGAGCAAACAUACAAACGGGAAAAGAACUCUAAUCAAUGAGGUGACGGUUUCCUGAACCAACCGCUGUAGCUCCGUAGAGUGUACAUCAAAUUCUGUUGAGUUGAGUAACCAAAAUGAAUUUCGGGUGGGCCGUGGACGGGGUCAACGAUUCAGUUCCUCGAAAUACCGGUCCGGAAUGUGCCAGCUUUCUUACCCCGGGCCGAAGGCUUCUGGAAACGGUCAUCGUGGUUCCGCUGUGCUUGCUGAUAGUGAAACUAACAACGGCUAGACUGAGGCCAAUAUCCUUCCGACGGAACGCACCGCCCUUCAUAUCAACGCCUCAGCAGCAAUCGGCUGGAAGUCCUUUGACGUUUCGAAGCAGCAGUAUCAGCCAUCUGGCCAGUAGUAGUAACCACAAUCAUCACUAUCAACGAAUCGGUGGAGGUCACCACCUGGAACCGGAUCAUCGGGAACUUCUGUUACAGCAACAUCAUCACAGGAGAUCCUCCUCCGUUGAGUAUUGUAGCUGCCAUCGAUGUAUUAGCUCGGUGCACAGCUCAGCCGCCCUCGAGGGCGAAGCCCCUAGUUUGAUCAAGCAGGUUCUACUUGUAACCAUGACCCUGACGCUGGGUGUGGAACUAGGCUUUAAAUUCGCAACCAAAACCGUGAUAUACAUUUUAAACCCCUGUCACAUAACAACUAUGGUUCAGAUAUAUUUGCUGGCCUGCAAUAAGCCCCGAAAGAGUACGACUGCCCUAUUUCGGUUACAGAUGAACUACUUGAACGGGCCACUGCUGGCGUUCAUGUUCCCAGAAACAGACAGUCGACAACUGCCCCUAGAAGUGUCCAUUUACUGGAUACAGCACGCACUGAUGGUCAUCAUACCGAUCUUUCUGCUGCGGACUGGAGGAGUCUACAAUAUGGAAGCCUUAGGAGAUUUCAGCUGGAACACAAUUGCGUACGCGAUACUUCUGAUAUACCAUUUCGGAGUCCUGCAGGGCGUUGGAAUCCCCACUCAAGUCAACCUAAAUCACAUGCUAUGUCCGGCGCUGAAGGACCCUUUCGAGGGACCGAACUACAGGACGAUGGCCGUAUUCCACGAAGCACUCCUUUGUACGAUCCUGUGCAAACUGGUGACUUUCCUGUUCAGUCCACUGCCGCCACCAAUCGUAACCAAUCCACCAUUUAUCAAAAACGGUGGCACCGCUAGUGACCCACAGGCGACAGGAUCCGGAGGAAGCGUCCCGUCACCUCUGGCCAGUGGCUCCCCAGUCCAUCACUACAUCUCCAGGCCUUCCUCGAGGCAUUCCUCCAGAUCGUCCUCGCCGGCCAAAUCCGUAUCGAUGCUGCAGGAGAACAAUAUCAUCAUCAAGACCAGCAAGAUUGACUAGUGGCCAGCAAAGCUGCUGACCCCGGCCAAGGCCCUCUAGUAGUCGAACGGUACCCAAAAAACCGAAACAGUAUCAAAAGUGAUCCACCAGUAGCAAUUUUCCGGUAGGAAUCUCGUCGAUUCGAAUGAGUAAGUUUGACUUAAAUUUACUUACGAAGUGAACCAAAUGCUAAAUUUCCUCAUAAAAUAUCAAUUAGGUUUUCCUCGCAGCUACUUUCUCUUCUCUGAAAAUACGUAUACUGUAACGGAACGAAAAUCGACAUUCAUGACUUAAAUGAGGCUUCAAAUCCAAAGAAUACUCCACGACAGAGAACUAACCGUAGUGUAAAUGUAAACAGCCUGUAGAAAUCGCGCUAAAAGAGGAAUGAUCCAUCGGGUUACUCAGAAAAAAAGAAGAGUAAAACACUUGUUGAUUGCCUUUUUAUUGUAGAUUUAAAAAUCAUUAACCAAAAAUUAAAAUUAAAAGAAAUAAAAUCAAACUGCUAAACACCUUCAAUAGAUGAGUGGAAUCAGAUAAAAGAAACUAAAGAAAGACAUGAACGCAGUCCGUGUAGAUAUUAUUACUUAAGUCUUUGCGAUAAGCGAUCUAGCUUUCAAUUCGAAAACGUCAUAGCGAUGCUUCGCAGGAAAUAGUUGAAGAUAAUCAACAUGUUCUUAUUCUGAAACUGGAACUGGGAAAAAUCAAUUUGCGAUGGCUUAUGGAAGAAAAAGAUAAAACACCUCUCCCCUAUCUGGUGAAAAUGAGCUAAUCGAAAUUAUGUGCAAUUUUGAAAAAAAAUGACGGAAAAUAACGGGAAGCGGAUUUUAAGCAAACAGGAAAACUUGGUUUGUGAUAUCAAUCAUGAGUAGUUUUGUGCUUUUAAAAUCUGUAUAAAUAGUUACCAAAAUCAGUGAAAAUUCAAGUAUGAAGAGUCUGGAAAUGGAAAUGUUUGUUUUUCUGUAACCUUCAGAGUUUAGUACAUACCUUAUAUUUUAUUGUACACCUCAGGAUGCAUAGACCUUUUAAUUUACUGAAAUAAUUUGAAAUCAACUGUAACUUAAAAAGGAAUUGAAAAUUUACAAAUGAUCUGUGGAAAAUUUUACUAAUAAAAAUUGACCCAUUUAUUUUAAUUUUGUAAAUUCACAAAAACAUUUUCACAAACAUAACAAAUUUUACCUAUACCUAAGUCUUCAUACUCCCAACUUUUACCAGAUUUUUUUUUGAAUAAUCCCGCUCUAAAACGCUUAAAAUCUCCAACUAUCGGUUUAAAGCCGAAAUUUCAAAACGAUACUAAAUACUUCUAUCGAAUAUGGACAAUACACUCAAUCAAUCUGUAGUUCUUAGUUCUCGAAGAAAUCACUUUCGUGAUAAGUUGCAAAUAUCAGUAUAGGAAUCUUUCUAAACAAUGCGUUAAUUCAAUUUUUAAGUACAAUGAGUGAGAGUAGCGAACAAAAAAUAAACU